ACUAGCAAGAUGUUCAUAUCUGCUCAUCUGAGUGUCAGUGCUGGAAAAGACGACUGAUGAAAACAAGCUUCAGGUUAGCUCCACGCCCAAGUUACCAUGGGGACCUACCCCGCUGGGAAGUGAACCAUCUUCAUGUAUGAGCAGCAUGCAAGACUGCGAGCAGACCAGCACUUGGAUGCACAACAGCAGCAGAAGAAGAAGAAGAAGGGGAACGAGCGGCGGGGACGACACACAGCAGACAAGGAAACCUACUAUGCUGCCCAUGUCUUCCUGAAUCCAAAGGUUAGCAAGAAUGCUUGGAUUUCCUUGAUGGACUCUCAAGCAAAAACCGGGAAGGCUUACCUUCAACCUCGCAAGGCGGGCAAAAAAUGGAAGCCAGUGUGGUUGUCACUGGUCGCACCCAGCAGCAAUGGGGUGGGUCGACUGGAGAUUCAGAAUAUAGGAGGUGGUACGACAGGAGGUGAACACGGUACAGGGUUGCGAAGACACCACCAGCCUCAGGAAAGACAAGUCAAAGUGGUCCGGCUCACUGACUUAAUCAGUGUCCUGAGACUUCCCCCGAAUGCCGAGGCCUGUCCCAUGGAGAACAUGUCAGCUUUUUGUGUGGAGACACAGGAAAGAACCAUGGUCUUUGCCGCACACAAAGACGACUGUGUGGAGUGGGUGGAAAAACUUUGUCUUAACUCCUUUCAGAGCCCAGAGACCAAUCAACUUCAUAUGGAGGACAACCAGAUAUACGCAACAGCGGGUGACGCCUCGGACUUCUGGGUGGUGGUGCAAAAGACGGAUGCAGCGGUCCGUUGUGGACUGCAGGGUUCGUAUUGGCUGCAGGUUGGACAAAAGACCCUGCUCCUGAAAGAUACGCAGAAUAUCAACAUUGUUCAACAAUGGCCCUACGAACUGCUGAGGCGAUACGGUAACGAUAAAAUGGUCUUAAGAAUAGAAGCGGGCAGACGCUGCGACAGUGGUCCCGGAACAUUUACUUUUGAAACGCAUCAAGCUGAGAAAAUAUUCAACCUGAUUCAGAGCACCAUCAAGCAAAAGACUUUGGCUGUUACAUCAGGCAACCCUCCCCAGAAAGAGGAGACAGUUUUGGUAACCAACUCACAGACUGACUCCCCUCUGCCCAAAACACCCGAUGUGGCCAGUAUGGCUUCCAUUUUGGGAAGCAAGGGGACACAGGGACAUCUAUCUGUUGUCUCAGAGGACACUGCGGGUUGUCAAGAUGACUCUGCUCAUUCCUCGGAAAGUCCAUCGUCACAGCCAGCUCCUAUCACCCUCAUGCCUCUUCCGGUGGUCCCAAAGCUGGACAAAUCCUCUCUAGGUCUUCCUUGUGGCCAAUCAGAAGCGGAGUAUGCCGACCCAAAUGACUGCAUCCCAACUUUACCAAAACCUAAAACUACCACGCCUCUGUAUGUCGACCCGGCAAGUGUUCUUCCCCUUUGUCCUCCGAGUUCGCAACCUUUAAAGCCACCUUCUUUCAGCCCUCAUCGCCGUUUCGUCAUCAGUGACCCAGACACUGUUUAUUCCGAAGUGUAUGAUAAAGUCACCCCGGGCCAGAAUGACCCAUACGUCAGUUUGAGCCAAGGUAACAUGAUGCGUCUCCCACAGGAUGAACCAAUUUAUGCUGAACCUGUGAGCAAGGAAGAUGAAAUAGCUCGUAAAGAUGUAACCAAGCCGGACCCAUUCGCCCACCUCUACGCUCAAGUAAAUAAAACACCUCUAUCGUCUAGUCCCUCUUCAACCACCAGCACGUCCCCUUCCUCCUCUGCAUCAUCCUUAGCCAGCAGCAUGGCCACCACUAAAAUAGCCGAAAACGCUCUUGAUGAUGUCAUCUAUGAAAACCUAGGCCUCAUUUAAAUCAGUUGGUAUAGCAAGCCUCCAGGCACAGCCAACUUUCAUACUGUAUCUGUUUUGGUCUGCGAUUUCAUGUUCAAAUGUUAGAACCAAUGUGUGUUCAGUAUGCAUGCAAUCCAUUUUCAAUCUGUGGUUUGUUAAACUGGUAGCUUCAACCAUUUUCCAGUACCUACUUUUGCUGGUUUCUAGAGCCCCCGUCAAUCAUGUGCGCUUAGAAACAUCAUCACUACAAUGAACUCCAUGUAAACCAGUCGUCAAACUUGGCUGAUUUUAUCAUUAGUGGAGCUGAUCAUGUUGGACAAAGUGCUAAGUCUGAAAACUUCAAAGAACCAUUGGCUGAUUUUCAACACUUAUGCAAAAUGAUCAUGCUAUGUUGUUUGGUUUAUUUUGAAGCAUAUUUGGUUGUAGGUGCUGAAAGUCGGCCUACCCCAGCUGACUUUCAGAAUGAACACCAUGAACUAUUUAAGAUGUUCUCCUUUGGAGCUAAACUGUGUGCGCACGAGCAUGUGUGUGUGUGCAUUCGGAAGAGUCCCUACGAUCCAUAGCCUUCUGCACGCGACAUUCCUCCAUGGUUUUCCACUUCCUCCUUGCUGUUGUGGGUUCCUACAUGCAAACUAGCCAUGGUGAGCUCCUGUUAAAUGCACCUUGUGGCCGUUUUUAUGGCUUAAAACUGAUCUAACAGUGACCUCUUUCUACUUGUUUAGAUGUUUAAAUAUGUCUGCGGUAUUGAAUAAGUUAAGGGGGCAGCCAAAAAUCCUGAAGGAGACUGUUCGGCCAUUUUUUCAUGACCUGAAUUACAGCAAUUCUGCAAAACAAUUCCCCCCACAGCUGUUGCUUAUCACUUUUCACACAAGCCCAUGUAGGGUUUUUUUUUGUCCCUUAAUAAAGUUUCAUUU